AUGUCUUUUCAGGAAGUGCAUGCAAUUGUUGAGGAUCUCUCGCUGAAACUUGGAACAUCUGGUGAUGGAAAAACGGAUGUUGCAAAUUAUGUAGAAUUUCUACAUAAUGUUCGAAAUUUAAAAAUUCGAGGCGCUCGAGGUUAUGUGGGUACAUCGAAUAUCAUAUGGAAUUCCCUACCGUUCGGUCUCAAUCUUUGCAAAAAUAUUGCAGCGCUUUGGAUAAGCGACUUUGAUGUGCGCAUGAUUCAUGAUUUAUAUUCGGUGCGUAGUACAUGUAAACGCGUGGAUUUUCUGCUAGAACCUGAUGAGAUGUUGCCAAUUGAAAAUCAAGAGAAAUGGUCUUCUCUUGAAGAAACUGAUUUUUCAUUCAACGAACUUGAAGAAAUUGAUGAAAGCAUUAGUUUGCUGAAUUUGGUAAGGAAAAUGAACUUAUCACAUAAUCUUCUCACGAAUAUUGGAGAUCAUUUGCAACAUCUCACGAUGUUGACUGAACUUAAUCUCUCACAUAAUGCUAUUAAAGAUUUGGAUAUGUGGUAUACGAAACUGGGUAAUGUAAAACGCUUGUAUCUUGCUGGCAACAAAAUAUCUACACUUAAUGGAUUACAUAAAUUAUAUUCUUUGGAGUUUCUGGAUUUGGCUGACAACAUUGUGGCUUCUCCUGAUGAUAUUCGAGCAGUCGGUACUCUUCCUUGUUUAGAUCAUCUAAUUUUGCGGGGCAAUCCAAUCCGGCAAAUUAUCGAAUACAGGAUAAAAGUUUUGGAACACUUUGGAGAAAGAGCUGCCGAGGUAAAAUUGGAUAGCAGAAAACCUGAUCAACGUGAAGUGGAUACGAUAUUAGUUCGUUUAGCAUUGCGAAAAGCACGAGAAGAGAAAGAAGAACAAACUCGAAAAAGGGCAUUGGGGAUCGAUAAAAGGACGAAGUUAAAUUUGAACAUAUUUUGUUUAACUUUUUGA